GGACGAUCGAUGCCACACCGUCCACCAGAAGAUUUGUUCCUAAUAUGCUACAUGAUUGGCUUAUAAAUCCCGGUUAUAAUUGCCGCUAGAAUCCCGCAUGUAUCGAUCCAGCCAGCCGCUCGCUGUAAGCGUUCACAUUCCAACCUUGAUCAUUUUAUUUUGCUAAGCUGCCAAAGUGAUUAGCAUGGUCAUGCGGGAAUCGUGCUAUUUUCCAUGCCUAGCCGAUAUUUACUGUCUGCAUGCUUCUUAUUAUUGAGUACCGUAAUAUGCUGUGUUGGCGGUGGACGGCGUCCGUUGAACGUCAACCUGAUGACCUUUGGCUACAGCCAACCGAUUUACACCGGGGCCAUACCUUAUGUGGGACCGGCGUAUGAUAUGGCGCUGGAGGAUAUACGGGAACGAUACGGGAGUGUGCUGAAUAUUACACACACGUAUUUGUUGAAUCACACGAAAGGCAGUUGUGAUAGUGUGGAGAAUGUGGAAGCCCUGCUGGCGGAGUUCUAUUACCGGACCGAGGAGACGGCCGAUCUCACCACCAUGAUUAAUCCCGGCUGCAACGAUCCGCCUACGACUGGUCUAUUAGCGUCACAGUGGAACAUCUUGCAAAUUACAACGGCAUCGGACGCCGGUUUCAAGCAGGAGCGCCGGAUGAAUCCCACGUGGAUCUCCCUGGCCACCGGGACCAUCUCCAACGUGGUGCUGGCCAUUCGCACCCUGCUGGAGGACUGGGCGUGGCGCAAUAUCUACCUGGUGUGGGAUACCGGCUCCAGUCCCAUGUACAAGUCCCUGACCAGCGCCACACAGAACAGCCUGAAGAAUGCCAGUGUCGGCAAGGAAUUCCAGACGACGCUCCGCACGCUGAAUGUGCCGGGCGAUCCGGCGUGGACGCUGCUAGAGAUGCUGGCGGAAUUCCGCAAAUCCAGCCGCAUUAUGAUCUUUUUUGGCCAUUCGAAUUCGUUCCGGAGAACUUUGAUUGCGGCUGCCGGACAAAAUAUGACAAACGGGGAUUACAUAUACAUCGCCAUUCAAUCACUCUACCAUAUGCAGAUCUGCGGCAAUUUUUCUUGGAAAUACGAUGAUGCCGAUGAUCUGAUAGCCAAAACCGCAUACGAAUCGGUUCUGUUAUUGGCCGCUGAACAUCCAGAACGAGAGGAAUACGAGAAGGAUCCGUUCUUACGCGAAUGUCGCCAACGCUCCCGAUCCACCUACAAUCUCACCUAUUUCGAGCCGUCACCAUACCUGAAAGCCACAUAUGCCGGCGUCUUCAUGCUGGCUGAGGUUUUGAAUGAAACGUACAUAUCGGAGCCGGCGUUUGACUGGAAAGACGGGGAGAGUUUGGCCGGGAAAUUUCUACGCCGCACCUACCACUCCCGGGUGGGUCUUACCGGGGUUAGCCGCUUCGGGGAUGCGGUGGUCAAUUUAAGUCUACGCGCCAGCAGUCCGACAGGAGAUUAUUUACAAGUCGUUAAACAGUGGGACAGCGAAAAUCAACGUUACCUGAACGUCAGUAGCAUUUAUUGGCCCAACGGCUACGGUCCACCGCCCAACGUCCCGGUAUGCGGAUACGAAGGUCUUUCGUGCCACGAUCCAGCGGACUAUGUGCCGAUUGUGGCUGGCGUAAUUGGAGCGGUAUGUGUGGCGAUCGGGGCUGCGAUCAUGGCCGGAUACCGCAUAAGGUCACGCGCAGCACAAGCCCUGAUCAGCGAUCGCAGUUGGGUGUUGGAUGCGCUGCUGGUGCAAAGUGUCUCCAUGCAGGAUUCUAUGCACUGGACACGUGUGCCGCCCCAGGCAAUUUCGUGUUACGCAUGGUUUUCGCGAAGUCGCUUGGACAUGAUGGAACCAAGUUCGACAACGGCAGCAGCGCAUGUCGUGGGUAAAGCGCUGUACGACGGCAACUACAUCUGGUCGAAGUGUCUGCACACGCUGCCCAUUGGCGGCAACAACGCCAGCAGCAUGAUGACGCGCUACAAUCCCUCUUUACAACUGCUAAUGUCACAGAUUCGUGGAGUAACACAUCCGUGUAUUAAUCGCACCGUGGGACUGUAUGCCGGUCCAUCGUUGGGCCGGCUGCAGUGGAUCCACGUGGUCAGUCAGUGGUGUCCCCGCGGGUCACUGCAUGAUCUCUUCCAGAGUGCUUCCGUCACCGUGGAUGUUGAGUUUCGUUGCUCAUUAGUCUGUAACUUAGUUGAGGGCCUGAAUUUUAUCCACACACAGCCGGUAAAAUUCCACGGGAAUUUAUCCGGCAGCCGGUGCCUUAUUGAUCAACACUUUACACUGCGGAUUAGCCAAGUCGGUAGUUAUCAGCUGCAGAACUUGCUGCAGCUGCCGGCUGACAAUAAUCGGCGCUAUCGCGAUCCAACACGGUUCUUCUGGACGGCACCGGAAGUGCUGCGCCAUGAGUGCCCGCCCAGUCAGUUGACCGAUGUCUACUCCCUGGCCAUGAUCCUCUAUGAGAUCUUGCUGGCCAAACAACCUUACCAAAAUGAUCACGGCAUCGAUCCGCACGAAAUCCUGCGAGCGCUGACGCGUAACAGCGGCAUUCUGCGCAACGAGCCCAUUCUCCGCCCGUCUUUCACAAACCAAGAGCUGCAACCCGAGUGGAUCGACCUCAUUGAGCACUGCUGGGACGAGAAUCCCUUCCGUCGGCCGGACCUUCGCCAUCUCCGCCACGCGGUGCACCACAUCAUGGACAGCAUGGAUUUGAAGUGCGGUCGCUUGUCCUAUGGGGAAAAUGUCCUGCAACGCUUUCUCCUCUACUCCAGUCAGCUCGAGCAGGAAGUCAGUAACCGCACCGCCAUGCUCUUUACGGAGAAAGCCAAGUACGACCGCCUACUGGAAGAGAUGCUGCCCAGAACGUUGGUGCUGAGACUACAACGCGGAGAAGCCGUGACACCCGAAGUGUACGAUUCAGUGACGAUCUCCUUCAGCAGUCUUGACGGAAUGGCAGAACCUCUGAGCCGGGCCACGCCCUGCGAGCUGAUCCUGGUGAUGAACCAUUUUUUCGAAGUCCUGGACACGGCCACGGCGGGAUUAGUCGUCCAUAAAGUGCGCACUGCCGGUGACCUUUACAUGAUGGCGUGCGGCAUACCGGAUGUCAGUCACAUGGAGCAUGCUCGAGAAAUGUGCCUUAUCUCGCAGAAGAUGCAGCAUUUGUUCGAGGCGUCGGGACGGGAGGAUAUUAAUCUGUUACAAUUGCGCAUCGGCAUACACACGGGGAGCUGCGCUGCAGGAGUGAUUGGCGGCAACCGGCCGCGAUACUACUUGUUUGGGGAAGCGGUGAAAACCGCUAGCCAGAUGUGUCAGUACGGGGAGGGCGACCGCAUCCAUCUCAGUCAGACUACGGCGGAUGUACUGCUGGAUAACUUUCCCCAUUUCCACAUUGUGCCGCGCGGUCGCAUUGCCAUACACAACCGGAAGCGAGUACUGACCUAUUGGUUGCUGUUCUGAAUUUUGAUUGCUCAGUGCGUGUC